AGUCGCUUCCUGUCCCCGAAGCUCGGUAUCGUUGGAUUCUGGUGGACUUUAAAGACGUAUGCAACAAAAAAAUACGAUGGAUAAUAUAUUCUGGGAGCAAGCACAGGCGGAAGCGUCUCUGGGAAAUACAAUCCCUGAGCGUGUGUGUAUCACAAACCUGGCGGCAGGAAUGAAAAAGACUGGCCAGAAACAGAGCCCCGCGGCGACUUCUGGGAAUGGAGUCCGGUGAGGCCGCCUCUGGGCGUGUGCGCAUGACCGGAGGUGGCGCCACUCAGGCGCGUCCCUCUAGCGCUGGACCCGGGACCUGGUGUUGGGCAGUACCUGGACAGCGGUUCUUGAGCUCUCGUGGUUGCCGGUCGUUUUCGGAAAGCCGGCAGCGGCUUUUUCACCAGGUUCCGCUUGAGGCCGAGCCAAAGAGUGGCUGUGACUCGGGAGACGGAGUGGAACUCCCAGCUGGGCAGGCCCAGUCCGAUCUCCCGCGACCCAGCACCGCAGGAUCAAACCGUGCCUCUACGGGGAGUGGCUGGAGAGGAAGAGUCCCGCCUGGGAGCCGUCGGAGCAGCCCUGCAGAACGGGGUGGGGGCUGCUGUAGAUAGACCCUGACUCCCGGAGAACUGCUGGGAGGCUGUGGCGCGAGGUGGAACUCAAAUGCUGGAGGAAGGAGGUGAGGAGUGGUAGAGGGAGCGAUCGUCAAGAGAUCGGCUGCUGCUUCGUUUGCCCACGACUGCCGCUGUGUGAGCCGGAUCAGAACUCUUUUUGUCUCUCCUACAGAGACCUGAGAAAGCAGAGCAGAUGGUCAUCAUCUUCCCCAUACUACAAAAAAGGAAAGGAAGUGCUGUCAGGUUAGAUAACUCUCAGUAACAAAAGCCACCUUACAAGGGAUUAUCAUCCCCAUUUUGAGAUGAGAAAAACGAGACUUAGAGAGGUUACGUGAUUUUCACACUGCUGCUGAGUGGCGGAUCAUGGAUACUUUACUGCCUUCCCCAGACCCUGCCCUUCCCCAAGAGGAAAACACAGGAGAGGAAGCAAUGGCUGCUGGUUUCCUCACAGCUGGGCCCCCGGGAUCCACAUUCUUCAGCAGUGUGACAGUAGCUUUUGCACAAGAAGGGUGGAGGUGCCUCGUGUCUACUCCAAGGGAGAGGUAUAAGGAGGGGGUACCAGAAAAGUCCAGGAACCUUGUCCUACUAGGACUUCCAGUUUCCCAGCCUGGCAUGAACUCCCAGUUGGAACAAAGGGAAGGCACAUGGAUGCUGGAGGGCGAAGACCUGCGAAGUCCCUCUCCAGGCUGGAAGAUUGUGUCUGAAUCACCACCAGAGCAAGCCCUUUCUGAAGAAUCAUUCCAAGACCCCCAUGUAGAGAUGCCCCCUGGGGAUUCAGACCAUAGGACCAGUGAGCUUGAGAAGAGCUUCAGCCUGAGACCAGUCCUCUCUCCACAACAGAGAGUGCCCAUGGAAGCGAGACCUCGCAAACGUGAGACGCACACCAAGAGCUUCAAGAACUCCGGAAUCAUGAAACCUCACAGAGCGAAACCGUAUGCAUGUAAUGAAUGUGGCAAAGCCUUCAGUUACUGUUCUUCCCUUUCUCAGCAUCAGAAGAGCCACACUGGAGAGAAGCCCUAUGAGUGCAGUGAGUGUGGGAAGGCCUUCAGCCAGAGCUCAUCUCUCAUUCAGCACCAGAGGAUUCACACUGGAGAGAAACCUUACAAGUGCGGUGAAUGUGGAAGAGCCUUCAGCCAGAACGCUAACCUCACCAAACACCAGCGAACUCACACCGGAGAAAAGCCCUACAGAUGCAGCGAGUGUGAGAAAGCCUUCAGUGACUGCUCAGCUCUUGUUCAGCAUCAGAGAAUUCAUACCGGAGAGAAGCCCUACGAAUGCAGCGACUGUGGGAAGGCCUUCCGUCACAGUGCAAACCUCACGAACCACCAGAGGACUCACACAGGGGAAAAGCCCUACAAGUGCAGUGAGUGCGGGAAGGCCUUCAGUUAUUGCGCAGCGUUCAUUCAGCACCAGAGGAUUCACACCGGGGAGAAGCCCUACAGAUGUGCUGCGUGUGGGAAGGCCUUCAGCCAGAGCGCAAACCUCACAAACCAUCAGAGGACUCACACCGGGGAGAAACCCUACAAGUGCAGCGAGUGUGGGAAGGCCUUCAGCCAGAGUACGAAUCUCAUAAUCCACCAAAAGACCCACACCGGGGAGAAGCCAUACAAAUGUAAUGAAUGUGGGAAAUUCUUCAGUGAGAGCUCAGCCCUCAUUCGACAUCACAUAAUCCACACCGGAGAAAAACCUUAUGAGUGUAACGAGUGUGGUAAAGCGUUUAACCAGAGCUCAUCCCUUAGUCAGCAUCAGAGAAUCCACACAGGCGUGAAACCCUAUGAAUGCAGCGAGUGUGGGAAGGCCUUCCGGUGCAGCUCUGCCUUCAUUAGACAUCAGAGACUCCACGCCGGAGAGUAACCAGGAACAUGGUGGAGUCCCGGACAUGCCGACUCAGGACAGAUGGGUGAGGAUCUGAGAAAUGCUAAAGGCUCGAAAGCAUCUGAAGACAUCUAACUUAAGAGUCUGCAGCCCAGAGCCACAUGCAAAAACACCUUCAGUAAAUAGCCGCUAUUUCACAUGCUGU